AUGUUGCUGAUAAGCACACACUACGCGCUUUGCACAACCGUAGACCGUGGAUAUGCGAAGAGGGGGGAACUGAGAAUGAUUCUAGUGGGCAAAACGGGGUCCGGGAAAAGUGCAUCCGGUAACACUAUACUUGGUGACCGCACCGCAUUCGAAGAGGGUAUGUCACCCCAGUCUAUCACCAACGGCUGCGUGAAGAGCGAGAGGGUGAUAGACGGGACGAGGAUCGUCAUGGUCGACACGCCGGGACUGUUUGACACGACUAAGACUCAGAGCGAGGUCAAACUAAAGAUCGAGGAGUGUGUCGUGCGAUCGCUGCCCGGACCACACGGAUUCCUCUUAGUGCUCAGUCUCAAGUCGAGAUUCACGCAGGAAGAGCAAAGCACGGUGGGAUGGAUUCUAGAUAAUUUCGGAGAAGACGCUUCUACGUAUAUCAUGGUCCUGUUCACCCACGGCGAUCUGCUACAGGGCAAAACGGUGACCGAUUACAUAAGAGAAAGCAAAGCUCUGCAAAAGCUUAUAAACCGGUGCGGCGGCAGGUAUCAUACGCUGAGUAACACCGUCGGACACAACAGGACUCAAGUGUACGAACUGCUUAACAAAAUACAGGACAUGGUCGAGUUCAACGGGGGCAAGCAUUACAGUAACGACAUGUACCGCGCUGCGCAGAAGGCUCUGGAGUUAGAGCGGCAGGCUAAGAGGCGUGCGGAAGACCAUAUGAGAAGAGAGCAGGAGGAUAUGAUAAAGGCUAGGGAAUGGUGCCGUUUCUUCGGUCUUACAUCGAUCGGCUUAUUUGGCACCGGAGCGUAUCUGUCAUCGUAUGUUCUGAUGGGG